AUGCCCAUUCCUCUCAUUGUGGAGCUCACCGUUGUUCAACCAUUCUUCCAACCUCAUGCUGGCAAGAUACAUUUCCACUGGGGAUUAAUGCUAAUCCUUUCUCCUCCUCUGCUUUGCAGACGACACAUACACAGAGAGUUAUAUCAGCACUUUGUCAUUUCACCUAUAGAUUCUUUCAAGAAAACCCAGGGUAGCAAGGAAGCUACUAGCAUGGAACCACAUGAUGAGAUUGAGGAUCUGAUCAAGCAGCUCAACUCUAUGUCACUUGAGGAUCCUCAAGUUAUGUGGAUCAUUUUCCCACCACCUCCAAGAGCUGGUGCAGGAAUAGCCCCUGACUCAAAGGCCCCUAAUUUGAAUGGUAAUCCCAAUAAUGGUGCUGGAAGAGGAUUUGCUCAAAGGAGAGCUCCUUUGUGCACUCUCUUGUCAAAGAGCAUGUACUUGAUGAGCAAGAUGAGUUCAAAGUAG